AUGAACGGACACGUCAACUUUGCCUCGUCCAGUGAAGACGAGUUUCCCGACCUGGACGUCAUCUUCCAGCGGAGUAAACAAACCAAACGCCCUGUCAGGUCUGUACCGCAGGAAACGUCCGCCAACAAGAAUAAUUCGCUGCCAAGACGCGAUGAUGAGAAGCCGACUAGCUCCAGGCUGCCAAAACAAAAAGUCUCUGAUGAGAUGAAGCAUGGGGACUUCGCAGCGCCUCCGAUUGUGCGACGUCGCAAACUCGGACAGAAAUCGGAUAAUCCGCUCCUGAGGCCUUUUGGGGGGUUUCCUAACAACGAAGGACAGAACUUGCUGGAAGUUCCUAUGAGGAGCAAGAAAAUACCGGCCGUUAAUGUCCGCAGCCUGCGGAAUCAGGAUCGCGCCACGCCGCCCAUGAGCACUCCGUCUGGUGAGGCGGACGACGACUCGGAUGACAGCACGCACGAGGCAACGGAAAUUACUGAGGCGGAUAUCUCGGAAUAUUUCGACGCCCGUUCUGAAUUCGAGGAGGAGGAAGACGAUGAUCAUGCACCGACCUUCUUUGGCCAAGAGCCUCGCGCCCCUACAAACCGGCAGCGGUCGGCUCGCAGUCAACAGAGCAUCCCAAAGCCAACGGGACAUUCGACCUCUAGACGCACGCCAGAUCUUGAUAUGGCGCACUUGACAUCCUCGAACAAUGGGCAUUCUGAGCGAGGGACCAGCAGCAAGGGCUUGGGUUCUGAUAGGGCGCCUGGUCAACAUUCCGCGCGGCCUACAUCAGCGAUUAUUGAUCUGACGGACGACAUGGCAGACGCCCUCCGUCGCCUAGACCUUACUACGGAAGAGCCAGAGAAAUGGCAGAAGAAGCGUCAAGGCAACGAUACCCAAGUGACGCCGCCAACAACACCGCCGAAACCCAACAAAACCCUCGUCUCCCCCCGGAAGCUUCCCGGCAUCCCAAAGACCCCUCACAGACCUAGUAUGGACCUGUUCUGGAGCCAAGAGUUCGUGGAUGACUGGAACGAGGAGCACUCCCCUAAGAAGCUGGUUCUCCCCGCGACACAGAAGAGCCCGGCCAAAAACAAAUCCACCAAGGCAGACACAGCCAAACAGAAGGAAACCAAGAAAUCAUUCGGGAAGAGAAAACACGAUCUGGCUCAGUCUUUUCUCCGCGAGCUCGACGACACCAUAACUCAGGGCCAACUUCAGUCGCUCGCCGAGUCCACCGGGGGAGUACAGAUCAAGUGGUCAGCGAAACUCAACACCACGGCUGGGCGCGCAAAUUGGCGCCGCGAAACGGUUCGCAAAUUGUCUACCAGUACAGAAAACUCAGUUACCCACCGCCACCACGCCUCCAUCGAGCUCGCCGAGAAAGUCAUUGAUGACGAGAACCGUCUUCUCAACGUCGUCGCGCACGAAUUUUGUCAUCUCGCCAAUUUCAUGGUCAACGGCAUCACUGGCAAUCCGCACGGUAAGGAGUUCAAGGUCUGGGCGGCCAAGUGCUCACGCGCGUUCGGGGAUCGAGGGAUCGAGGUCACCACGAAGCACUCGUACGAGAUCGACUUCAGGUAUGUCUGGGAAUGCACCGACUGCGGACUGGAAUACAAGCGUCACUCCAAGAGCAUCAAUCCCGAACGUCACCGUUGCGGGUCCUGUAAGGCUAUGUUGAAGCAGAUAAAGCCCACUCCGCGGGCUACGGCGAAGCAGUCUGAUUAUCAGAAGUUUGUCAAGGAGCAGAUGAAGAUUGUCAAGGAGGAGUACCCGAAGAGCGCACAGAAAGAUGUCAUGAAGAUUAUCGCGGACAGGUGGGGGAAGAGGGCCGGCAGCAAUCGCGCGACCCCUGAAUCAGACGGCACACCUGUUCCUGAAUCGAUCGACAAGGUUGGUUCUCGCCUCAACGCCAUUACAUUGUAG